AUGGGCCUCAAUAUACAGUACGUUCUCACCGCUGAGUUCCAUAUUGACAAGGGACCAUCCAUACUCAAUCUGUACCCAACGUCUAUUCCCGGCUUCGAACAUGGGACGCUCCCAUUUCUCCCCGAAUUGAUGCUCCCUGAUCAGAUACAUAAGAGAGAGGAGGACUAUACAUUGUUUUUACUCUAUAGAAACAUCUCUUCUGGUCACUAUCAAUAUGUCCACAAUCGUUCAACUUGUGAAGCAGAGCCAUAUUUUCUCUAUACAAUUGUUAACAACAAGAAUGACAACUCGGUGAGAAGAGGAGCAGUAAUAAAAUCGCUUUCUAUUAUUACUCGACUCAAGUACUUCCCAUCAUUUAAACCGUUGUUAUUGAUUGCCUUGGAUAGUUACUUUGAUACAAACAAUACUUCUAUCUUACGACAAUUAUAUGACUCGGUUAAUGUUAAAAAUUUGUCAAUAACAAAUGGAUCUAAAGAUAUUUCACUUAUUAAAAAAUUCCUUAUCACUUCCAUAUUGGACCUUCCAAUAAAUGACACGAUAUAUCAUGACGAAUACUUUCGAAAUAAAUUAUUAGGUUUCAAUACAGACUCCAAUAAUAGCAACACUACUAAUACUUAUAAUACUAACAAUGGUAACUCGUCGUCAGGCCAAUCGGAAUCAAAUUCAUCAUCCUCAAAUAAAAAUAAAGACUUAUUCAUAAGAAAGGAUUUAAGUUUUAAUUCUAUUGUGAAUUUCCUUAAUUUUAAUAUUCCAAUUAAAAUCCCAUUAAUUGACUUACCAGAUACUAUUGGUGAUUAUCUUAAUCCUACAGAUAUCAAUUUCAAACCAAACUUAAUGAAUCUUCUUAAUGCUUCACUUGCUACAGAAGUGAAGAAUAACGACCUUACUAUCUAUGGGCUACAAACACCUCCUAUAAUUAUUCUUAUCAAUGCUCUUCUUACCGGUAAGAAGAUUUUGUUUCUUGGGUACGAAAAGUCUUCUUCAUACAUUAUUGACUAUGUAUUAUUAACUUUGAAAAUCAUCUCUGGUGGUGGGAUUUUAAGUGGAUUCCUUACCAAUUUUAAUGUUUUCCCCAUGAUUGAUGUGUCUAAAAUUGAUAUUUUAGAACUGUGUGAUUCAUAUUUGGCAGGAACAAUUAAUCCAUUUUUUAAAAAUAAUGAUAAAUGGUGGGAUUUGUUGUAUGAUUUAGAUACAAAUGAAUUUCAUAUUUCAAGUUCAAGGUCUGAAUCAGGGAAUGAAAAUUCAACCAAUUUUGUUAAUAAUUUUAAAGUUCCAAUUAUUUCUGAAGAUGCCAAAUUCUUAUCAAAUUUACAACUUUCAAUCUAUAAUUAUCAUGAUGAUUUAACUACAAUUCAAUUAAUUUUCAGAAGACAUAUUAAUGAAAUUAUUAGAAUUUUAAUAUCACUGAAAAAUUUCAAUUCUGCAAACUUCUUACCGAUUUCAUCUAAUAAUGGUAGUUCAUUAGAGGAAAAUAUUCUGAAAUCAACAUUAUUACUCGAUGGGAUUGGGUAUUAUUGGACAAGUGAUACUACAAAAUUACUUGAAAUGUCUUGUUAUCAAUCAAUAUCUAAAAAGUUUCAAGAUUUGUUAUACAGUGGUAAAUUAAUCUAUAAUCUUUCAUUACCAAAUUUAUCAAAUGAACUUAAUUUAAUGAUUGAUUUACAAUAUCAUCUUCAAUCUUUAAUUUCAAGUAACUCUAAAUUAAAUGAACGUGAAGUUUGGUUUAAUAUUUUGAAAUAUUUAAUCAGUGGACAAUCCUUGGAAACGUUUUUAUUGAUUACAUAUUUGAUUCCUCCAUUAUCUUCCAGUUCAUCAUCUUCAUCAAAUACUGGGAAUAUGACAACAUUUGAUAAAAAUAAAGGCUUUGAAUUACUUUUAAUCAAUUUAUUCAAUAAAGAUGAUCGAGUUAAAUCAAAUAUUGUGAUGAUUUUACAAGAACUUCAAGAUAAUUUCUUAUGUGGAUGGUGUCUUGGAAAUUUUAUAAAGUCAAAUCUUAUUUAUGAGAUUGCGUUUAAUGAAUUAGUUAAUGAUGUAUAA